AAUCCUGCGACCACCGAAAACUACGACACAUAAAACCGACGGACAGCAAAAUCCGCCCGUAUUCAUGCUGACGUCACUUCUUAUUUAUUUGCGUCGUCGUGCGAUUUUUCGUGUUUUUUUCACACGUUUGUUUAUUUUUAAUUAAUUUGGGAAAUAUUUCAUGUUUAUUCUUUCUUUUUUCCGUUUUUCCUUUUACAUGUAUUUUAAUAAAAAAAAAAAAAAGGAUACACUUCCGCUAAGGGUCAUGGUUGCUUAUGGUAACAGCGACAGUUCCAUCGGUUGAUUCGUUAUAGGCAUGAGAGUAUUGGCCAAUCAGAGCUCUAUGGGCGGGGUUUGUAGGAAUGCGGGUGUGGUGAAUAAGUUUCAGUUUAGCGGACGUUCAUGCCGGUGCUCCAACAUGGCGGAGCUUCAGGAGAGAAAUGUCAGAGCUAAAGUCAAAUAACAGCAGAACUCAGGAACACACACAUCUUCUCCCAGUCCCCUCCCAGUACAACAAUAAAGUUCAGGUGUAGAAGGCGUGAUGGUGGGGUAUGACCCAGGCAGUAACACCCUCUCCCCUGAGGAUGCGGCUCUGGCCGGGUCGUUAGCAGGCCUCGUGACCCGCGCCAUCAUCAGCCCACUGGACGUGCUAAAGAUCCGCUUCCAGCUGCAGGUGGAGCGUGUUUCGUCCUCCAGGCCUCAGGGAAAGUACAGCAGCAUAAUGCAGGCAUGGCGUUGCAUUCUGGUAGAAGAGGGAAUCUCAGCGUUCUGGAAAGGUCACGUCGCCGCUCAGAUGCUCUCUGUCUGUUACGGAGCCGUGCAGUUUGCCAGUUUCCAGUCGCUCACUGAGCUCGUCCAUAAUAGCACGUCCUAUAGCAGCCAAGCAGCCGGCGUUCACUUCCUGUGUGGAGGAAUGGCCGCAUGUUCUGCUACCGUGGCCUGCCAGCCGCUCGACACACUCCGCACACGCUUUGCUGCUCAGGGAGAACCCAAGGUUUACAGGAACCUCCGUCAUGCGGUGAGCACCAUGUACAUCCAGGAGGGGGCGCUCACCUUCUACAGAGGCCUCACUCCAACAGUGGUGGCUGUGUUCCCCUACGCUGGUCUCCAGUUCUUUAGCUACAACAUCCUCAAGAAGCUGAUGGAGCGUGAUGGAAGGACGUCUAAAGGUGGACUGCAGACCCUCGUGAGUGGCAGCGUGGCGGGAGUCAUCAGUAAAACCCUGACCUACCCCUUCGACCUUUUUAAAAAGAGACUGCAGGUCAGCGGGUUUGAGGAGGCCAGGCAGCACUUUGGAGAGGUCCGGACGUACCGCGGGUUGGUGGACUGCAUGGUGCGCAUCGCUCAAGAGGAAGGACUCGCCGCCUUCUUCAAAGGUCUCUCUCCCAGCCUGAUCAAGGCAGCCAUGUCCACCGGUCUCACCUUCUUCUGGUACGAGUUCUUCACAAACACCAUCUCCAGCCUGAGGAAAAGGUGCUGAACAGUCAAGAAGAAAACCUGGAUUCUCCUGCUAAAAGUUGAUCAGAACGUGCAUGUAGGAACUGUUCAUUUUAACGGAUGUAUUGUAAUUUUUUAAUCGUUUGGUUUUGAGAUCAGGAUGCUAGCAAAAAAAAAAAAAUUGGUCAGAUUGUUGCUAGGAGAACUCUAGCAAUUUAGCAAACUGGUUACCAGGAAAGUAUGGAAGAAUUACGCAAAAUGACACAAAAACUACACAAAUACAUCCGCAACAUCAACAUUUACCUCAGAUAUCUUGAUAAAUCUGUAAAAAAAAAAAAAGGAUACAUUGAAGAUCGGCCGACGUUCCUACACACCUAGAUGUGUAGAGUUAAUAUGGAGGAGUGGGCGGGGCUUAAUUGUUGACUGUUUUUGCACUGUAUAGGAGGGUCAGGGAGCUUGUUUACUCUAUACGCACACAUACAAAUAUACAGUACCUCAUAGUUUUAUAUCUGUUUUUAAAAUCAACCCUGAAACACUUCUGACGUUUGUAUUUAAACGCGAUCAGCUGGUAUCUUCUCUCUACGCUAACGAGUGCCUACAGGUUUUAUAUUUAUUUCAGCCGAAACGGUGUGAGCGGCUUCUAGCUUGUUUUAGUUUAUCCGUUUAUUAUACGGUCAAAAGUUUGUGGACACCUGACCUGCUUCUUUUUGAAGAUCCCAUUCCACAUUUAGUCUCCAUUUGCUCUUAGACCAACCUCCAAUCUUCUGAGAUGUUCCUCUAGAUUUUAUGGAGAUUUCAUUCAGCUACAAAGGUGUUGGUAAAGUCCGGACUGAUGGGGGUGAGGUGAGGAGGCCUGGAGUUUAUCCCAAAAGGAUGUCUUCCACACACUUCCAAUCUUCAUGGAGCUGGGCUUUGUGCUGGAUCAGGUUUUGGGUCUUCUAGAUAAAGUCAAUUGGACAUUUAAUGCUACUAGAUUUGUAUUCCUCUGUGUUUGUGUGGAAUGUUUGGAGAGGAACCACAAAUGGCUGGAAAAGUCAGGUGUCCCAAUACUUAUGGCGUAUAGUAUAUAAUGAAAGCGUGUGUUUUGUUUGGUCAGAUCAACUCCAUGAUACGUUUGUGGAAAUCCUGCAUUACUCAUGCGCUGAUUUGGGGUUUUUAUUGCUGUAAAUGCAUUUUUGUUCAGUCAACAUUUUAAACUCGCAAUGCAAUUUUUUACAAAGACGAGCAAAUUUGUAAAAAAACGUUCAAGUUCAGUCAUCUACGUUUGAAACACAAUGUUACAAUGAACACGUUGGUUGUGUUCUGAUGUUAGUGUUUAUAUGACGAUCAUAAAUCAUUUCACUGCAUGAAUAUUAUUACGUGAGAUAUUUUAUCUUAAGAUUUAUUUAAUUUUUUAAAAGGUUGUUCUUAUUGGUCAGCACUUAAACGCUAACUGUGGGAUUUUAGAUUCAUUUCUAGGUCGUGCCAUUGUUCUGGUUUCUCCUACACUGCUGACGCUCAUCAUGUUGUUAGCUAUCUAGCUACCCUCAUAGGAAUAAAUAAUCUAAUAGGAAUAAAAUCAGUGCUGCAUGUCACAUGACAUACGUCACAUGGUAACAACUGUGUACCAUUUCCUGAAUGUAUCUCUCACUACUUCUGUUUUUUUUUUAAACCUUUUGCAUGUUACGUAUUAGAUUGUGUGUGAGGGUUGGUGCCUUAAAGUAUUUACUUAAUGUUUUUUUAUUACACAAUAAAUCCAGUGUACUUCA